GCCAAUGACCUCCCGAAGGCCAUCGCUGCGGCUCAUACCUAUCUGCUGAAGCAUCCCGACGAUGAAAUGAUGAAGAGAAACAUGGCAUAUUACAAGAGCUUGCCUGGAGCUGAGGACCACAUUAAAGACCUGGAAACCAAGUCAUAUGAGAACCUGUUUGUCCGUGCAGUGCGGGCCUACAAUGGUGAGAACUGGAGGACGUCCGUUAUGGACAUGGAACUGGCCCUCCCUGACUUCUUCAAAGCCUUUUAUGAAUGCCUGGCUUCCUGCGAGGGCUCCAGGGAGAUUAAGGACUUCAAGGACUUCUACCUGUCCAUAGCAGAUCAUUAUGUAGAAGUUCUGGAAUGCAAGAUUCAGUGUGAGGAGAACCUCACCCCAGUCAUAGGAGGCUAUCGCGUGGAGAAAUUCGUGGCUACCAUGUACCACUAUUUGCAGUUUGCUUAUUAUAAGUUGAAUGACCUGAAGAACGCGGCCCCCUGUGCCGUCAGCUACCUGCUGUUCGACAAGGAUGACAAGGUCAUGCAGCAGAACCUGGUCUACUAUCAGUACCACAGGGACAAGUGGGGCCUCUCAGACGAGCAUUUCCAGCCCAGACCCGAAGCAGUUCAGUUCGUUAAUGUGACUAUGCUGCAGAAGGAACUGUACAGCUUUGCUCAGGAACACCUAAUGGAUGACGAUGAGGGAGAGGUUGUGGAGUAUGUGGAUGACCUGUUAGAGAUGGAAGAGGCUGGCUAGCCUGCAGCAACUGAAGAGACUUCUCGUCAGUGUUCCUUUUUCCUCGAGUGCCUGGGUUGCUGAUACCUCAAAGUCUUCCCUUUUUAAGGGAAAGGGAAGCCACCAUCUCUCUUACUGUGGGGAGCAGGGUCCAGCCGGCCCUCCCUGUGUUCACACCUGUCUACCACCUUCCCACCUCUCUGUACUCACGCUCGUCUUCAUGGUCCCCGGCCAUUUUCCUCUUGUUCACACCCGUCUUCCAUCCACACACGCGCCUUCCCGCCAUCCCAAAUCUGUCGUCCCCAUGUUCACAUUUGUCUUCCAUAUGACCCCACCUGUCUCCCCCAUGUUCAGAAAGACAUGGUCUUCUGUGGUCUGUUUUUUUUAAUCCCUGAAAGAAAAAUCAGUAUUAUUUUUAAAGUAAGAAAAACACUAAAAGAUGAUAAAUAUAUUUGAAGAAGUCUUUGG